AUGAAGUCAAAUAUCUCGCACUGGCUGUCUCUUUGUGUCGCCGCACUAGCCGAUCUUAGAAUUGCCAAACCCGUACAGCAAAAGCCUCUCAUCGGCGUGGACGUUGUGGUCAGAGAAGACAAAGUCCCCGGCCACAACGAUGCUAUAUACGAUACCGUGCCAAAAGAAGACCAGCUAUUGGACGUUGAGUUCCUUGAGAUUGCCCCGACGCCUAUUGUCGCCGACCGCGUCUUUUUCGUCUACCUGCGCGGCGAUCUAUCUGAAUCCAAAAUGAAGGAACUAGGUCUCUUUGAUGAGGGCCUCAUCGAUGCAACCCUCUCUGUAAGCGGCUCUGUUGUCUACCCAGAUGGUAGCUACACGGAACCAAGGUCCCUUACAAUGCCGUUAAAAACUAUAUCCAUCAACGAUGCAGCCCAUCUCAUCAUUCGCAAUUCUAAUGGCACUCAGGUUGACUACCUACCUACUAGCGGCCGCAGCGACAUAUUACUAGAUUUCCAGAUUCCUACAAUGUUUUUGAAGAGUGGUAUGUGGACUUUCAAAGUCGACGCCAGACUCGGAGAUAAAGACAAUUCAUAUCUAUUUGCCAUGUCGUUGCCACAGUGUUUAGACGGGGGGCUUUGA